AUGCCUGACGCGAUUCUGGACGACAUCUCUCACCGUCGCUUCAACCCACUCCGGGGAAGCUGGAUUCUGGUCUCCCCUCACCGUACCAAGAGACCGUGGCAAGGACAGCAGGAGGGUGCCUCAAAGACAACACUCCCUGACUACGACCCAUCUUGUUACCUUUGCCCUGGAAACAAGCGUGCUGCUGGAGACUCAAACCCAAAGUACGAGAGUACCUACGUCUUCGUCAACGACUACAGUGCCGUCAAGGAAGAGCAAGCCGAAUAUGAACAGCCAGCAAACGAUGGCAGUCUUGCCAACACUCUCUUGCGCGCCGAAUCAGUCACUGGCAAAUGCUAUGUCAUCACUUUCGCCCCGACGCACAACUUGACCCUCGCAGACCUUCAGCCUUCUCAGAUUCUCCCCGUCAUCAACACCUGGACCCAAAUCUACACCACCCACCUGUCCCCCAAGUCCAUCCUUGCCGAUAUCGCGAAGCCUACCACGAUCGCCCCUCAUGGCCAAGAUCUCGCUGCACCCAACGCCCAAUACCGCUACAUGCAGAUCUUCGAGAACAAGGGUGCAGCAAUGGGCUGCUCAAACCCUCACCCCCACGGUCAAGUCUGGUGCACAACCGGUACCCCCGAAGAGCCUGCACUGGAGUUGGAGAGCCUGCAAAAGUACCGCAAGGAACAUGGUGGAUCGCACAUGCUGGUCGACUAUGCCAACCUCGAAUCUGAAAAGAAGGAGAGAACCGUGUAUGAGAACGAAUCUUUCAUUGCCGUAUGCCCCUGGUGGGCCACCUGGCCGUUCGAGAUCAUGAUUAUUGCUCGCACUCACAAGCGUGCCUUGGUUGACUUCAACGACAAGGAAAAGGAAGAUUUGGCCGAGGCCAUUGCCGAAGUCACAAGACGUUAUGAUAACCUGUUCGAGACUCAGUUCCCUUACAGCAUGGGUCUUCACCAAGCACCCCUCGAAGGUACCCCUGAGGAGAUCGAAGCCAGUCACUUCCACAUCCACUUCUACCCCCCUCUCCUCCGCAGCGCUACCGUCCGCAAGUUCUUGGUCGGCUACGAGAUGAUGGCAGAGCCUCAGCGUGACAUUACCCCUGAGCAGGCUGCUGCCAGACUCAGAAACUGCGGCGGAGAGCUCUACCGCAAGAAGCUGCAAUGA